AAUAGAUCCUUUGCAAACCCCUCCAAAAACUCCUUGCAACUCGUAUCGGACGAGACUUGAAUACAUUUAGAAUGAAAUCGCAGCAGAGUGUCGUUGUCCGGUAGCGGCACUUCAGCAGCGGUGCAGGUCACUGGGAAGGGCUUGCUUUCUACUUGGGAAUUUCUCCCUAGGCAUUUCUUCAAGAAGCGAAUCAUGGAAAUGAUGGAGAGUGUGUUCCAUAUGUACCAGAGAUUUAUUUCCAUCUGAAUUAAACAUCCACCACAUUUCCCAAAAUGGAUAAGUUUCGUAUGAUGUUCCAGAUGCUCCAAUCCAACCAGGAAUCUUUUAUGAAUGGGAUCUGUGGUAUCAUGGCACUCGCUAGUGCACAUAUGUACACUAUCUUCAAGUUCAGCUGCCCCUGUAUGCCAGAAUACAACUACACCUAUGGGAUCGGACUGCUCAUUAUUCCAUCCAUAUGGUUCUUCCUAUUAGGUUUUGUGUUGAACAAUAAUGUGUCGGUGCUCGCAGAGGAAUGGAAAAGACCCAUGGGGAAACGGAGGAAGGAUCCAACGGUCCUUCGCUACAUGUUUUGCUCAAUCACACAGAGAUCCUUGAUAGCACCUGCAGUGUGGGUGUCCGUCACGCUCAUGGAUGGGAAGAGCUUCCUCUGUGCUUUCAGCAUCAACUUGGAUAUUGACACAUUUGGGAAUUACAGUCUCAUGAAGGGGCUGUCAGAGACGGAGAAGAUGAAACUGCUGGCGAGGAUCCCGUGCGAAGAGCUAUUUGAGCAUCGGGAGAUUAGAGUGGCAGCAACGCUAUACAUCAUGUGUAUAUCACAGGCAUGUGGAUGGAUGUUUCUGCUCAUGAUGACCUUCACGGCCUUCCUGAUCCGAGCGAUUCGACCAUGCUUUACUCAAGCCGCCUUCCUCAAGACCAAGUACUGGUCUCAUUACAUCGACAUAGAGCGCAAGAUGUUCGACGAUACCUGCAAGGAACACGCCAAGAGCUUUGCCAAGGUGUGCAUCCACCAGUACUUUGAGAACAUCAGCGGGGAGAUGCGCAGCUUACACCACCAUCGUUCCGGCAAGGACGACAGCGACGAUGAAGACGAGGAUGAUAAGAGAAGUGACGAAGAUAAGCUUCUGGGUAUUAGGGCCCAGGAUGACAUGAAUAAGGUUUUAUGGAACUGGCACACCUGUAAACCGGCUCUGGCUCUGAGAAAGGAUCAAAUGGAGGGUGUGAACAAUGGCAAACUGAACGGAGAGGCCAACGGAGCGGCAAAUGGAUUUGUAAAUGGACACACCCCUGACGUGGAGAAAAGGGAAUGGGCAGUGUAUUAUAAUUGGAGGACAGAGGAAGUGAGGGAGGGCUGA